AGAUUGUGAGACUGAUGCUUGGACGAUUUGCCUCCAACUCGUGCGAUCAUCCAGCGACUCUAGGCACGAUGGUUCGACAGUUUGCGACGUUCAUCGUGGAGUCUCUCCUUCACUUGAAAGCCUCAGAGCGAAAGCUUUUGUCGACGAGCGAGGAGCGAACACGGCAAGUGCUAAAAAAUGAGGGCGUGGGAGUGGUGUCGUGCGAGCGGUUGAGGGUCGACGGGGUUCACAGCUCUGCUGGUUACUACUGGAGUAGCGGUACCGGUAGAUCUUGGAUGACGUCAAGGAUCUUUGUGGGUGUACAUGUCAGCGGUGAGAACACUUUGAGGAUCACUUUCGACGAGACAACCCCAUCAAUGAUGCUCUUGAAAGGUCGACGCCACAGAUCGCAUUACAUGUAGUUAGUUGUACUGGGGUAGCUUUGCAUUGUGUUGUCAUUCAUAUUCAUUAUCACUCCUCUUUGAUAAUAGCAAGCAGCAACCAUGGUAGACGGAGAAACGAAGAAAACAUUCCCUGUGAAGGCAUGGGUAGAUGAAAAGAUUUUGGCCGAGGGCCUUAAAAUGAAACCAGAACUGAUUGGCUCGAUCGAUAAUGGAACUUCUUCCACUCGUUUUCUCUUGUUUACUCCUCAAGGGAAAAUUGGAGCUUCGGCUCAGGUCGAAUAUACCCAAUAUUUCCCUUCUGGAGAGGAUAAAAGUGGAUGGCACGAACACGAUCCCGUGGAGAUUUGGGAGUCUGUCGUCACGUGCAUCCAGGCCGUACUGAAGGAACUAGAAAAGGCCAAAAUCAAAGAUCGGCCCAUUGCUGCCAUUGGGAUCACCAAUCAACGAGAAACCACCAUUGCCUGGGAUGCCGACACGGGCGUACCCUACUACAAUGCCAUUGUAUGGGAUGACCUACGAACCACAGGUAUUGCCGAUGAGAUUGCCCAGGGCAAUGCCGACCGUUUCCGUGGAAAAACCGGACUUCCCCUUGCGAGUUAUUUUGCGGGUACCAAAGUCAAAUGGCUCGUAGACAAUGUGCCCCAAUUACGCCAAGACUUGAGAGACCGCGAAAAAUCCUCCAGUGUCCGCUUUGGAACGGUCGAUUCUUGGUUACUCUAUCAACUCACUGGAACCAAAUCACGCGCCCAAGGAGCUGCCAAUUUUAACGGAAUGUUUGCUACCGAUGUCAGUAAUGCCUCACGAUGGCUCUUUUUGGAUCUCAAAACGGUGCAAUGGGACCAGGGUCUCGUGGAUGCCAUUUGUUCCCCCCACAAGGUUCCUCUCUCGGCAUUGCCCACCAUUAUGCCAUCCAGUCAUCAUUAUGGCGUCUGCCAAAGCAUUUCCGAAAUUCAGGGUGUCCCACUCACGGCCAUUCUGGGAGAUCAACAGGCAGCACUGUUUGGACAGUGUGCCUUUGAUGCUGGCAAGGCCAAAUGUACCUACGGGACGGGACUCUUUCUCAUGAAGAAUACCGGCACCCGACAAGUUGCCAGCACACACGGCAUGCUCACGACGGUGGCCUAUCAGAUUGGACAAAAGGGCAAGGUAUACUACGCGUUGGAAGGCAGUGUCAGUCAUUCCGGUAGUACUAUCCAGUGGCUCCGAGACAAACUCAACAUUAUCCAAUCUGCUCCCGAAUCGGAAUCGUUGGCCAAGGGGACCCAAAGCAACGAAGGAUUGUACCUGGUCCCUGCCUUUGCAGGAUUGUUUGCGCCUCAUUGGAGAUCCGAUGCCAGAGCUUGUAUUGUGGGCAUGACGGCCAGUCAUCACAAGGGCCACAUUUGCAGGGCGGCGCUGGAAGCUGCCUGCUAUCAAGCGCGUGAAGUCUUUGAAGCCAUUGUGGCCGAUUCCCCGUUUGAUCUCAAGUCCCUCUCGGUUGAUGGUGGAGCCACGGAAAACAGACUCAUGAUGCAGUUUCAAUCGGAUAUGCUGGACUUGACCGUCAUUCGACCCGAAGUAGGUGAGACGACAGCGUUGGGCGCGGCGUUUGCAGCAGGACUGGCCGUCGGCGUGUGGAAGGAUUUGGAGGAAUUGAACAAGCUUCGCGCUAUUAAAGAAAAGUUUCAACCUAGCAUGGAUGCGCGAGUCCGAGAAAAGAAUUGGCAGGGAUGGCAAAAGGCAGUAUCUCGAAGUUUGGGAUGGAUAGACUCGGAUGCGGUGGAGGAUACGACAGAGAGAGCAGGUUCCCUGGCCGAGAUGGCUCCUUACGUUGCUUUGACCGGCCUGGCGUUGGGAGUAGGGUUCCUCUUGGGCCAGAGGAACAAGUAGUUUCGCUUGGCCCGGAAGAGCAAGUAGGUUUUGGACUCCUCAGUGAGUGUGCAUUACUAUAGCUUAGCUAGAUGAAGUGUCGUAUAUGACUAGCCUGCAAUCAACUGUACCGGUACAGCACACUGUAAAAGCACACCUGUGAGCCAAAUCAAAACCAUGCUCCAAGCGGGACUUCUUUUGCAACCCCUUGCUACCCCAAAGCUCAGACUAAACUCAGUAUUCCUACUAGCUAGCUAGUACCGUACCCCCAGAUGAUGUUCUACGUCUGGACACACCGGUAAGGUGGAAGCAUAGGAAAAGAAGGGACUGCAUGAUGUACAUAA